AAUGUGGAUAUCUACAUAAAAUUAUAUUAUAAACACACUAUCCUAAAAAUACAGCACCAUAUUUUAACACUAAAGCAGUCACUGACUCACAACAACUUGCAAUCAUAAGUGACAGAGCUAAUUUCGGGUAAAAUCAAUGAAAAUGGGGUAUGCCGAUAGCAUAACGAUGAGAUGUGAUAGAGCAAAUCUGAGAUCAGAUUUGGAAUCAGCACCCUGAAAUUAGUUUAAAACAGCUGCAAAAGUCCAGGCCAGAAAAAAAAUGUUUUUUUUUGUUGACCAGUGUAAUUGUAGAUGUACUGGUGGACAGUUUUUUUUUAUAUUUGUAAGACAAGACAUUUGUCCGAACAAGCCACACAACAGAUUUAAAAGAAAGUGUAAAAUGGGAGUAACAGUUUUGUCUGUCAUUCAGAUAAAGAUGUUGAAGAGUUUUGCAGUUCCACUCAUGACACUGUGUGCCGGUGUAAAAGUGACAACAGCCGAUCUGAUCCUGCACAGCGCUGUUGGAUAAAGCUGAGUCAAGAAACGAUGGCAAUUAUUCUUAUUGGCGUCGGCGCUACCAUUGCUGUUAUUGCCAUGGCAGGUCUUGCGAUUUUUACCAUAAAGAAAAAUAAGAAAAGAAAAUACAGUACGGUCCAGCAAACAGAAGAUAUACAUCUCACAAAUGUUCUUGAGGGUCCACGCCAGCUCAUCAAGCACAGGAUGUGCUCCAGUGAGGCAGAAGUAUGGCCUCAGAUGGAUACGAUGUUGCCGGAAGUGUACAACUUAAUCUGCGCAAACACCUUUUUCGUAUUGCAUGAGCUGUUACGAAUCCAGAUGAUUUCGCUGCCAGUGUUUUGGGAGGCCUAUGAGAAGAUCGACAACCCAUCGUGCUCUGUCUUCAUCAUCGCCCACUUCAUUAAUGAUGGCGAAGAGAAGUGUCAGGGGCUCCUGAACAUGAUCCACGCUGGGCAGGACAUGCAAACACAGCUGCUGAACACGCUCAACUAUGCCGACAAGUGCUCUCCGACGCUGAAUCCUGACUCAGCACAUCCAGAUAUUAUUGUUUCAGGCGAUCUCAAGACAGCGACAUGGACCAGAAACCCACAACCUUAUUGCGACCAUCCAGACCGAUUUGAUUACUGGAUACAAGUAAUGUCUCGUGAGAACUUUUCUUCUGGAUGCCACUGCUGGGUGGUGAAUGUGGCGGAGGUGGAGAGCCAUCGAGUUGGUGUCGUGUAUGGAUCAAUGCAACGAAGGGGGAGAGCCAAUGCGUGUUUGGUGGGAUUCAACAGCUUGUCCUGGUGCAUACGGAAAUUGAAUAAUAAUUUAGCUGUCUGGCACGACAAGCAAAAAACAGAGUUGGACGUGAAUAAACACCCUUGCAGAAUUGGCAUUUGCCUUAACUAUGAUGCGGGGAUCCUGUCAUUUUACAAUGCUGACAACAAGAUGCUUUUGCACACAUAUUAUGCUCGAUUCACCGAACCUCUCCAUGCAGUCUUGCACAUGUGGAAUGGCUCUCUCACCUUAGAACCUGCUGAUGACAAUUAGCAGGUUCUCUAAAGACAAUUAAUUUGUUUUAAAUUAUCCACAACUAAAACUCAACACAUCUGUCCAUAACAUAUUCAGAGAUCUCUCUACUAUGAAGUGCAAUUGCCAAAAACGUCACCUUUUAUAUAUGUUCCCUUUCAUCGAUGAAUGUACUCAAACAUUUGAACUCGAUGGAACCAUUCUCUUGGAAUCAAUUAUCUUAUCAGAAUGUCACCACAUUCCAGUCACAUUUCAGAUGCACGAGGAGUACCCCAAAAUAAAUGUUUUUACUGGUAGGAACCACCUGGUUCCACCAGCCCACAGGGGAUUAUUGUAUCCGUCCGUCCGUCGUGCAUCCAAAAA